AUGGAUAACAUUCCGAGUGAGGUGGUAUUCUCAACGGGGCCAUUACCAUCCGAAUCGGUGGUGUUUCAGUAUACCAAUGGUCCACUCAAGAUAUCUCCACCAAAGAGGAGAGGGCGUCCCGCAGGAUCGACAAAGAGGAAGCAACACCUUGAGGGGUCCAGGGCACACCCUGCCGCCGCUUCCAACUUCAAGUUCAUCAACCUUGGGCCCACGUUGGCCCCAACCGAUGAAGAAGAGCGCACCACCAUCAGAAGCCACAAAAUGAAUAACCGCACUCGUCAGGACCAGAGGAAAGCCGAGAGUACUCCUGGCGAUACUAACCUCGAGCUGUCUCGCCUGACCCACAUCCACAUUCCACAUGCAUAUCCGCAGAGGAACCAGACCGAUCCAUUUGACGCGCUGCCCAUCACCAUGGAACCAUACAUGUUCGAUCUCUUUGCAUUUUACGACUAUUGGGUACCAAUGCUGUUUCAAGAUCCAGCAAUGCUUCAUGUAGUACUGGCAUGUGGAUCAUUAUUUACAAUGGACCUGCAACGCUUUCGAGCAAGCCCGGCCUUUAUAUGGCAUAUUAGUCGAGCUAUGAGCAUUGUUCGAAAGAGACUCCUGAAUUCGGUGGAUUCGCCUUCGGAUGAAACAAUAGUUGCCGUUGCCAGCAUUGCUAUCGCAAAAAAAGCAGCGGGCCAGCAUGAUCAAUGGGAAGUUGACAUGAGAAUCCUGAAAGCGUUAGUUGACAUGCGAGGAGGUUUGGACGCACUGAAUGACAAUCCCAUGGUACAGGGAAAGAUAUAUAGGGCCGAUAUCAGUGGAUCCUUAGAUGGUGGACGAAAGCCCAUAUUCAGUGAUCGGUUCCAACAACCUCCGAUAUCUGGUCAGCAAGCCUACCAUCUAGCCGAAGGUUUUCAAGAGCUGGAUGUCCUGCUGCGCAUUGACAGGGCACUGAAAGCAGUGAUCUAUGAUAUUCAAUCCCUAGUCGAGGAGUUCUCUAGUAUCACAAAGAGCAGCGGCCAAACCGUCGUCGCGAGAAUCCGUUUCUGGAUGACAUCACUACAGUAUACACUUCUUUCAAUGCAGUAUGGCGACGAUUGUUCCAGAACGCAAGCCCUGGAGGUCUGUCGACUAAGCCUUUUACUACUGAUCAAUGCGGUGUUUCAUGAGUCUCCCCCUGGUGCAUCGACCAGCGAUGUACUUAUCUCACAGCUGCGGCGGCUUCUGGGGAAUGCUGAAGCAUUAGAUUGGUUUCCGCCCAGCUUUCGUCUUUGGACCCUAUAUCUUGCUGCUUGCAAUGUUGCUUCUCCCACAUUAAGGGCUUGGUCGGUUGCAGCUAUCGCGGAACUGGUGAUGCAAAUAGGCAUCUCAGAUGAAGAAGAGUUCAGUCAACAGCUCACGUUGUUCCCAUUUGACCCGCUUACACAGAAUGUUAUCUGUCCAACCAUAUGGAAUGAGGUACAAUAUUUCGUUCAGAAUCAGUCGGGAGGGGAUAGCACAACGCUUUCAUAA